CGCUCUGACCACGGCUUCGCGCAAGUGACGACAGCAUCGGCUUCCAGCCCGGAAGUCCCGGUAGCGGCAGAGCAGAGCCGCGGAGGACCAAAUUAACACGGCAGUAUGGCUAGCAACGCGUGGAGGUCAAUGCUCUCUCACGUCGUGGGGGCAGCAAAGAGACCGACGGUAUGUUCAAGAUCUGUUUUCAGCAGGGGGCUGCAAACUGUUACAUUAAUUCCUGGGGAUGGAAUCGGUCCAGAAAUAUCUGUGGCUGUCAUGAAGAUUUUCGAGUCUGCUAAGGUUCCAAUCCAGUGGGAGGAGAGGAAUGUGACAGCUAUCCAGGGCCCAGGUGGUAGAUGGAUGAUCCCUCCAGACUGUAAGGAGUCUAUGGACAGGACCCUGAUCGGGUUAAAAGGCCCCCUGAAGACGCCCAUCGCAGCCGGCCACCCCUCCAUGAACCUGCUACUCAGGAAGACCUUUGACCUGUAUGCCAAUGUGCGUCCCUGCGUGUCCAUCGAGGGCUACAAGACCCCCUACACCGACGUCGACCUGGUCACCAUCAGGGAGAACACUGAGGGAGAGUACAGCGGCAUCGAGCACAUAAUCGUUGACGGCGUGGUUCAGAGCAUCAAACUCAUCACGGAAGAUGCCAGUCGACGUAUCGCUGAGUAUGCCUUUGAGUAUGCAAGAAAUAACCAAAGAAACAGCGUCACGGCCGUUCACAAAGCCAACAUCAUGCGUAUGUCAGAUGGGCUGUUCCUGAGGAAAUGCAGAGAGGUGGCUGAGAGCUUCAAGGACAUCAAGUUUACUGAGAUGUACCUGGACACCGUGUGUCUCAACAUGGUGCAAGAUCCGACCCAGUUUGACGUGCUGGUGAUGCCCAACCUGUACGGGGACAUUCUCAGUGAUCUUUGUGCUGGACUUAUUGGAGGUCUGGGAGUCACUCCUAGUGGAAACAUUGGCGCCAACGGAGUCGCCAUUUUUGAAUCGGUCCACGGGACGGCCCCUGAUAUAGCCGGUCUGGACAUGGCCAACCCUACGGCUCUGCUGCUCAGCGCUGUGAUGAUGCUGCGUCACAUGGGAAUGCACGACUACGGCAAGAAGAUCGAGACCGCCUGCUUCGACACCAUCAGAGACAAGCAGGUGCUGACGGGGGACCUUGGUGGGAAGUCAAAGUGCUCCGAGUUUACAGAGGAGAUCUGCCGUAGAGUGCGAGACAUGGACUGAAACUACAACUGUUGAUUCUGAAGAAGACUUCAUAGGAAUUCAACCACUUCUUUGAACUUUACUCCUAAAGACUCUGGGCGUGUUCCAGGUUGUCAGUACUGCAGUCACGAUGCCGCUGCACAUCUUAGAUUACUAUAUCAUAUUUAUGUAGGUUCCUGAGAAGAGACAAUUCUCCAGGUUUUCUAGAAAUAGACAUUGGAUAAUCCGUGCGGUGUGACUGCAAUAAAUCACAACCUGGAACGCAUAUAUGGAUGGAUAUUCCCUCUUAAGGUGUAUUUACGCACAAUUUUACUCACAUGACAUUACCUAAAUGGAAUGGAAUCAUUUCAUGGCGCAAACUUCCCCAAAGUUAUACUUGCCUCUAUACUGCGGAGCACUCCACCUGUGUUGUCCGGCAGUGGUUCUGAUAGUUGCUAGUAAUUUUUUUUAAAUGGUAAAUGUAAUGCUAACAGCUUAAUUGUAUUUUAUUUAUUAUUUCUACCACAGUUUCCUGUGCAUGAAUGGAUUGGAUUGUACCAGUGUCUCAUGUUUAUGCAGCUCUUUUCAGUUCCAUACAUAAAACAUAAGAUUACAUGA